AUGGCUGGAGGCUUCGGUAUUGAGAGUAGUAAGAAUGGGAAAGAAUACCCUGGUAACGUUACUUCUUAUGUAUUGGUCACCUGCAUUGUUGCUGCUUUUGGUGGCUUGAUCUUCGGAUAUGAUAUUGGUAUCUCUGGUGGGGUGACAUCUAUGGCGCCGUUUCUGAUGAAGUUUUUCCCAUCUGUUUACCACAAGGAGGCCUUGGAUAAAUCGACCAAUCAAUACUGCAAAUUUGAUGACUUCUACUUGACUUCGUUUACUUCUUCUUUGUAUUUGGCUGCGCUGGUGGCGUCUUUCUUUGCAUCAUGGGUGACCAGACAGUUGGGGCGAAAGAUUUCCAUGAUGCUCGGCGGUUUGAUCUUUUUGGCCGGGGCAGCCAUCAAUGCCUUCGCUGAAGCCAUUUGGAUGCUCAUUGUGGGUCGCAUUUUACUGGGCAUUGGCGUUGGUUUUUCCAUCCAGUCUGUGCCGCUAUACGUCUCAGAAAUGGCUCCAUACAAGCACCGUGGAUCUCUAAAUAUAGUCUUCCAAUUGUCAAUCACGAUAGGCAUUUUUGUGGCGAAUUUGGUUAACUAUUUCAGUCAAAAGAUCAAAGGCGGUCAAGGAUGGCGCUACAGCUUAGGCGGAGCCAUGGUUCCUGCCGCAUUUAUUUUCGUUUCAGCAUUAUGUCUUCCCAAUACUCCAAACUCCAUGCUCGAAAAAGGCGACAAAGAAAGAGCUCGGGCAAUGCUCAGGCGCAUCCGCGGUUUAACCGACAAGGAAAUCGAAGCUGAGUUUAACGAUUUGUUAGCAGCCAGUGAAGCAUCGAAGCAAGUGAAACAUCCAUGGAGGAACCUUCGAAAGAGACAUUAUCGACCCCAUUUAGUCAUGGCCGUACUGAUUCCAUUUUUCCAACAAAUAACUGGAAUCAAUGUCGUCAUGUUUUACGCUCCAGUGCUCUUCAAAACAAUUGGGUUUGGAGACAACGCCUCUCUUUUCUCCGCAGUCAUCACUGGCAUUGUCAACAUGUUGGCAACUUUUGUUUCCAUCUAUGGAACUGAUAAAUGGGGCAGAAGAUUUCUCUUUAUUGAAGGCGGAUUACAAAUGUUCAUAUUCCAGGGCCUGGUGGCAGGUUUCAUCGGAUGGAAAUUCGGGUUAACGGGUCAAGUAACUGAUUUACCAAAAUGGUAUGCAAUUAUUCUGGUGAGCUUCAUAUGCGCAUAUGUUUCUGCAUUUGCGUGGUCAUGGGGCCCGCUUGGCUGGCUGGUGCCGAGCGAAAUUUUUCCACUGGAGAUUCGAUCGGCGGGGCAAAGUAUUGUGGCUUGUGUAAACAUGUUUAUGACAUUUCUGAUUGCGCAGCUGUUCCUGUUGAUGCUUUGUCACAUGAAGUUCGGCCUGUUCGUCUUCUUCGCAUUUUUCGUCGGAAUAAUGACUCUGUACAUCUAUCUCUUCCUGCCGGAGACCAAGAACAUUCCCAUUGAAGAGAUGUCGAGAGUAUGGAGAGAACACUGGUUUUGGAAGCAUUAUGUGCCUGAAGAGCCCACUCAACUCUGAAGUUCAACUAGAAUUUUAAUUUGGUAAUUUCAGGAAUAAUUUUGUCACUUUUUGGUUCUAGCUGCUUGACUCUUCUUCUCAAGUUUACAAAAUCACUGUUCCUUAUAUUUUCCUGUAAUUGUUUCUUUUUAAUUAUUAA